UAUCGAUGCAAACUCUAUUAUAAAGUUUGUUUACAUGCAUUUGUUUGAAAUAAACAGCUGGGAAAUUUAUUUUUUGUGGGCGCACAAAGAAUGACUUCUAGCGCUGAUACCACUUUUAAGGAUGGCGAAGAACUCUUUCCUUCGGCGGAUGAGCUGGAAACUUACUACAACAUGCUAGAAAAUGGUAGUAUCUUAGAAUUAGAUUGGCAAUGUCCCGGUCGACGGCCACCAUCUCCUGAUGUCACCAACGCCAGCAAGGAUCAGAACAACUUGACUGAAACUAUAGAGACUCAAGAACCAAUGAAGACCAAUGAUUUCGACUUUAGCGACGAUGUUGCCCAGCCUCAAAUGCGUGCUCGUCAUGGAACACCGAAAUCUUUAAAAAAGAAGACAGCAAAUUUUGCUGGCGUUAUGGAAGCCUUAAAAAAGAAGAAUGCUGAGGGAUCUAACUGACCAAACUAGUACAUGGAACAAGUAGAGCUAAUGAUGUACAAUCUUGUAUUUAAAUGUUUUAUUAUGAGAAAAUGUUGCUGAUUUACGGGGAAAAUGCAUAUGUAUGUACAUAUAUAUUUAAAUUUAAAUAAUUUGUAAAAAAGAAAAUAUGUUAAACUAAACCAAAAGCAUUUCUGCCUUUAAUUGUAA